GACUGUGUGAGGGCCGGGGGCCCAGGCAGUCCUGGGACCCCAGGCCAUGGGUGAGCGAGCCUAUCAUGGGGCCCAGGUGUGCUCUGGCACCAACCCCAGGAAGUGCCAGGACUUAGGAGACUCGAUUCUUCUUCUUCUGGGCAGCUUCAUCUUGCUCAACGUGUGGAUCAAUGUGGUGACUCUGCUCUGGAAGCAUCUGAAGAGCUCCUUGCGGAUUCUUUUCCGUCAUUUUUUCCCCAAAGACAAGCAGCCCAGUGGCAGCCAUCCCAUAAGUAUUUGCUCCUCCGUGGAUCCCAAGAACCUGUGCUCAAAAGUCUCUUCCCGCGUCCAUCCUCGCCCAGGCUUCCUGCUCAGGCGCGUUAACCACCUUGACUCCUGGAUACCAGACACGAAUGAUGAGAAGGUUUCUGCGUGCUGCUGCAUGCCCCCUAAAUGUGGACAUGCCGGCGUUCCCAGGGAGUCUGCAUGGGGACUGUACAAGGCGGGGAUGAUGGGCGGGGGAGAAGCCCCUCAGGUCGCAGCCUCAAAGGCUCAAGCCUCCUUGCUCUCCAGGCCAGAGACAUCUUCCCAGUUCCCAAAGAUGAGCAAGUUGGACACGGGUCCAUGCCACCUGCCCCAAGAGAGCAAGACUAAGACCCCAGACUGUGCCCCAGCCGAGGCCCCAGCUCAGGCCCAGGUCCACUCCCCAACCCACACUCCUGUGUGCACCCCAACCCACCCCUGGACCCGCUCCACGGACCACACCGCUGUGCACACCCCUGCCCACUCCUGGACCCACUCCAAAGCCCGCACCCCCGAGGGCACCCACUCCCAGGCCCAGGACACCUCAGCCCAGGCCCAAGCCCACACCUCGGCCCCUACCCCAGCUCAGACGCCAGCCCACAUCCAAGCUCACACCCCAGCCCCUACACCGGCCCAGGCCUCAGCUCACACUAAAGCCCAUACGUCAGCCCAGGCCCAAACCCACUCUCCGCCCCACACCCCUGAGCAUACUCACUCCCAGGCCCACAGCCCUGAACACACCUCAGCCCAUGCCCCAGCCCACUCCCCAGCCCAGGCUCCUAUGCCUGUCCCAGCCCACCCCCAGGCCCAUGCCCCUGAGUACACCUCAGCCCAUGCCCCGGCGUAUAUCCCAGACCACUCUCAUCUAGUCCGCAGCUCCGUUCCUGUCCCAACCUCUUCCCCAGCUCCUCCCGGAACUCUUGCCCCAGCCACUACUCCUGUCCUAGCUCCAACACCAGCCCCUGUCCCAACCUCUGCCCCAGCUCCUCCCGGAACUCUUGCCCCAGCCACUACUCCUGUCCUAGCUCCAACACCAGCCCCUGUCCCAACCUCUGCCCCAGCUCCUCCCGGAACUCUUGCCCCAGCCACUACUCCUGUCCUAGCUCCAACACCAGCCCCUGUCCCAGCCUCUGCCCCCACCCCUGCUCCAGCACUGGUCAUGGCCCUGACUACCACUCCUGUCCCUGAUCCUGUCCCUGCCACCACCCCUGCCCCUAUCAUAACUCCUAUACCCUCUACCCCACCUGCCUUCAGCCAUGACCUCUCCACUGGCCAUGUGGUCUAUGAUGCCCGCAGGGCAAAGCAGAAUUUCUUCCAUAUGUCCAGCCCCCAGAACCCUGAGUAUUCAAGAAAAGACUUGGCUACCCUCUUCAGGCCCCAAGAGGAUCAGGACCUGGUGAGUUCUGGCAUAUCUGAGCAAACAAAGCAAUGCAGUGGGGAUAGUGCCAAGCUUCCUGCAGGAUCCAUACUGGGCUACCUGGAGUUGAGGAAUAUGGAACGGAAGAACUCAGAUGAUGCCAAAGAUAAGUUCCCCCAGACCAAGACUUCCCCUUACUGCAGCUUCCAUCCUUGCAGUUCUGAGAAGAACACAGACUCCCAGGCUCCAUUCUACCCCAAAUUCCUUGCCUACUCCCGGGAUACUGCAUGUGCCAAGACUUGCUUUCAUUCUGCAACCACUGCCCAGAGCUCAGUGUGCACCCUUCCUCCACCGUUCACUCUUUCCCUGCCUCUCGUUCCUCCCAGAUCCUUUGUCCCUCCUCAACCCACCAACCGUCAGAGGCCUUCCACCUUAAUACAAACCCCUACUGUUCUUCCAAACUCCAAGUCUCCUCAGUCCAUCCUCACUUCCCAAUUCCCCAUCCCUUCCCUGUUCGCCACCAUUUCCCAACCCCUGAUCCAACCCCAAUGCCCUGAAUGUCAUGAGAGUCUAGGCCUUACCCAAGAUUCUGGCCUUCAAAGGACCCCAGGCCCUUCAAAAGACUCCAGAGUUCCCAGGAAUCUGGACCUUGCCCAAAACCCAGACCUCUACAAGAACCCAGGCCUUACCCAAGAUCCAGGCCUCCACGAGAACCCAGGUCUUGCUCCAAAUCAAGGCCUACAUGAAUUCCCAGGCCUUCCCCAAGAUUCUUAUCUCUGCCAGAAUCCAAGCCCUUCUCAAGACUUUGGUCUUCACAAGAAUUCAGGCAUUACUCAAGAUUCCCACCCCCAAAAGAACACAGGUCUGACUCAAGAAGCUGGUAUCCUUAGGAGCCCAUGUCUCACCCAACCCCCUGGCCUCCACAAGAAAACACCAUUUACGCAAACUUCUGAUCUUCAGAGGAGCUCAGGCUUUACACAAGACUCUGGAAUCUAUAGGAAUCUUGAACCAAACCAAGAGACUGUGAUCUACAAAAAUCAAGAUCUCUCCCAAGCAACUGACCACCAAAAGAACCUAGGCUCUUCUAAAGAUUCUGGAGGUCACAAGAAUACAGGCAAUGUCCAAGAUCCAGGAGUUUGUAGUACCGCAGGCCUUACUGAAGAUUCUGGAUCACAGAAGGGUCCGUAUGUUCCCCAAGACUCUGAAGUCAAUAAGAGCUCAGGAGUUAUCCAGGAAUCUUGUCUCCACAAGAGCCCAGGCCUUGUCCAAACCUCUGGCCUCCCAAAGUGCUCAGGCCUUACCCAAAACUCAGGAGACUACAAGAAUCCAGGACUUAUCCAAGAUUGUGGUGGCCACAAAGUUAAAGGCCUUACUCAAGAUUCCAACCUCCCAAGCCUUACCCAAGCCACUAAAGUUGAAAGAAGAUUUAGCCUUCCCCAAGAUGUUGGAGUUUACAGGAGCUCAGAACAUAGCCAAGACUCUAAUCUCCACAAGUGCCCAGGAAUUAAUCAAGAUCCUGGCCCCCAUAAAGACCCAGCCCUUGUCCAAGACUCUGGCCUCCCCAAGAUUUCAGGCCUUACCCAGGAAUCUGGCCCCUACAAGAACUCAUGCCUCAUCCCAGAUCCCAGCCUCUACAAGAACCCAAGCCCUGCCCUAGGUUCUGAUUUUGUCCAGCUUCUGUCCCUACUUCAGACCCCAAAGUCCACACUGUCCCUGAUGAAGUCAUCUGUGCCUGAGAAGGCUGCUCAGAAGGAGGACGCACAGCGGCACGUCCUCUGGGCUCGUGUCCAACUCAAUCAGAACUCCUGCCCUUCCAAGGCCCAAGUGUUCUCCAAUGACCUGCAGACCUUCUCAGAGGUACCUGUAUUAAUUGAGCUGCAGUCAUCCUCCUGGCGGGCAGGCAGCCAGCACGGGGCGUACCGCCCUGUGGAUACAGUUCCUUCAGGCUACCAGAACUAUCGUCAGAUGUCUAUGCCUACCCAUAUCAACUGGAAGUCCCACUGCCCUGGACCAGGCACCCGGGCAGGGCAUGUGGUUUUUGAUGCCCGUCAGAGAUGGUUGGCAGUGGGCAAGGACAAGUGUGAAGCUCUGUCUCCUAGGCGCCUUCGUCAAGAGGCACCCAGCAACUCGGGGAAACCAUCAAGGAGUGGGGAUAUCAGAAUGUGAUGAGAACCUUGGACAAAGAGGGGACAAAAGCGCAUCAGGAAUAAAGAGGCGAGAGAAA